UGAUUGAAACGUAAUCAUAGUUUUAAUGUUAAACGUCCCAUUAAAUAAAUUACUUCUACUCUGGUAUAUAAAGUAAAAUAAUCAAAAGUAUAAUCUUGCUAAAAAAUCGAUUUCUUUAAAAUAUUAAAAUCAAUACUCCUAAUGUUACCUAUACCUACACUACAUAGAAGUUAUGAGAGAAGAGCAAUUUUAUUGAUGUUCUAACACAUCACAUACUAUAGCUAUAGCUAGAGAGCUACAUGUGUGCGCUUGUUGGAUGCUAAAACGCAGCAUUAUGACGCAGCUUCGGAAAAAUAUAUCGUCGUGUCCACGAUGACGAAUAAAAUGUGAAAACUCGGAAAAUUCCCCCGACAAUUUCUUUCCGCUCAGUCAGUCAACAUUUUGCUUUAAUACCAAAAAGUCACAAAAGCGGAAGUGCUCAGUUCGCAGGAAAUUAAAUUAAAUAAAAUAAAAGAAUAUGACACCACCAAUUGGAAAGAAAGCUCCCGAAUUUUCCGGCACAGCUGUAAUUGAGGGACAAUUCAAGGACAUUUCCUUAGAUGAUUAUGCCGGAAAAUAUCUCGUGCUCUUCUUCUAUCCGCUUGAUUUUACCUUUGUGUGCCCAACGGAAAUUGUGGCAUUUGCAGAUCAUAUUGAGGAAUUUCGAAAAAUAAAUUGCGAAGUUAUAGCUGUGUCCACUGAUUCGCAUUUUUCGCAUUUUGCCUGGUGUCAAGUACCAAGGAAAUCCGGUGGUUUGGGUCAAGAUCUGGCCCUUCCAUUGCUCGCUGAUAAAUCCAUGCGUAUUGCAAAGGCUUACGGGGUACUAAAUGAGGACACAGGAGUCCCAUUUCGGGGACUCUUCAUCAUCGAUGGCAAUCAAACGUUGCGCCAGGUGACGGUGAAUGACCUACCAGUUGGUCGUUCUGUGGAUGAAACCCUACGCUUAGUACAGGCCUUCCAGUACACCGAUAUCCAUGGUGAAGUUUGUCCAGCAAAUUGGCGUCCUGGCUCCAAGGCAAUGCAAGCCGAUACAACAAAGUCAAAGGAUUACUUUGAGGCCGUCAACUAAACAAAUGUUUGGGAAAGCAAACAAUUCAAUCAAAUUUUUUUCUAAUAAAUCCUCACUCCUGGCAUGGCUGAUGGAAUGUCAGCAAAUACAGGAACGCACUACAAAUAGCAUUUAGAUGAGAAACUUUUUAACCACUGAUUUGCCAUGGCAACACUUUUAAUAAAUAAAAAUAAAGUGUGUGUAUUUUGUUGUAUUUAC